AUGCGUCUAUUCCCCUUGAGAUACCUCGUUAAUCUAGAUCUUCCGAAUCCAGAUACGCUGUUCAUGUUCAUCAGCUUCUCGGUAGUCCACUUCGACACCUCUCCGGGUCCUGGGUCUCCGGGUCCUGGGAACGCGGAUAUCGGCAUGAUCCCGGUUUCCACCCGUGGGAACAUUGAGAAGCCCCACAAUCACCCUCACAAUCUUGAACCAGACUGGACUCGACUGCGAAUAGAUUUGCCUGCCCACAUGGCCCCACAACCCCGACACGGCAUGCGAUUAGCCGUGGACAAGCGACAUAAAUUGGUGAAGAGCAGCUGA